AUGUGUGUAGGGUUGACGCUGACACCAACUUUGUUUGAUGCGGUGCCUAUACAUUAACAAUUAUGUCAGGCAUGAGUUUGUCUUAUAAGAAUUCAGGAAUAACUAGUGAUUCAAGCUAUGGAGAACAAGAGCAGGAUGCAAAUUCAGCUCUUUUGGAGCUUGAUAAAGGAUUAAGGUCCCAGAAACCGGGAGAGCAGUGUGAAGCAAUAGUAAGGUUUCCCAAGCUAUUUGAGAAGUAUCCAUUUCCAAUUUUGAUCAACUCUGCAUCACUAAAACUUGCUGAUGUUUUCAGAACAGGGACAAAUUUCCAGAGGCUGAACAUUUUAAAAGUUAUGCAGCAAAGCCAAAAGCAUCUUGAUAAGAUUCUAAAUGUGGAUGAAUUUCUGAGGAGAAUAUUUUCUGUCAUUCACAGCAAUGACCCAGUGGCCAGAGCCAUCACGCUGAGAACAAUGGGUAGCAUUGCCAGUAUUAUCUCAGACAGGAAGAAUGCUCACCACAGUGUCAUCAAUAGCUUGGAUUCCCAUGAUGCUGUGGAAGUUGAAGCUGCCAUAUUUGUAGCAUCAUGUUUUGCUGAUCGUUCAAAACAAUUUGCCACCAGCGUGUGCCAGAAGCUGGCUGAGAUGAUCCAAGGGCUGGCCACUCCUGUUGAUAUGAAAUUGAAGCUGAUACCUGUAUUCCAACAUAUGCACCAUGAUGCCACUACCUCUGCCAGGGUGCGUGAGUUAUGUAAAGAGAUGCUGCCUAACUACCCAGCCAGAGACAUGGUGACUGUCACUCUCCACACACUCUCAAUGCUGGCAGCUAAGUCACUCAUAGAUAUUCCACAACAGGUGGAACUGUUGCUAGUUUAUCUGGAAAAGGACCCCAGGCGCCUUGUGAAGAUCACAGCACUCCAAGAUCUACGCUUGUUGGUAAAGAGAGCCCCUCACAUGUGGACAGUCCAGCAGAUUCAGUGCCUUUGCAGUUUUACCAUGAACACCCCCUUAGAUGGUCUCAGAAUGGGAGCUCUGCUAGUGCUUACAUCUUUGUCUAAAACUAUUGCUCUAAGCACAUUCAAUCAAAUUCAAGGUUCAGCACUUCAUCACAUUUGUUCCGAGUUCUGUUACCAUAUCAACCCAAGCAUUGCCUCUAGAGCAACAGAACUCCUCACUGACUUGGCACUUUGGACAUUGAAGGAAACUUCUGAUGACACCCUCCCCAUCAUACUAGAAGCAUGCACUGCCUUAGAAGCUUUGGUGCUAGUUUCAGCUAUGAGUGAUGACAAGAAAAACAAGGAAGCUUUGAAGGUCUGCCUCUUGUCAGUAGUGAAGUUGAGUGAAGCAUCUUCAUCUGCGGCUGAAAAGUUUCUUAAUCUUCUCUCAUCACUCCUGAACUCUGCCCCAGUGUCCAGUGCCCUCCUGUUGUGUGACUGUCUAGCAGCAGUGAGCAGUUACAACAAUGAAAGCCUGCAGAGCAUCUUUUCUGAAAUACAGACCACACUCAAACAGGCAACAGAGUCUGGGCAGCAUGGUUUUGCAGUAACACUCUGCACCUUAGUCUUUCAAGCCACUGCUGCCUACGAGUUACCUGGUGACUGUCAAGAGACAAUUAUGGCAUUGACAAAUGUGACCAAUCACUGGCAAGCUUACAAAGUGGCAAGGCAGGCCACCAGAUAUGGUCACCAUGAAGUAGCAGCUGGAAUCUUCAAAAGUCUGUUUGUAAAGGUCUCUUCUGAGCAGUUCCUGUUCUGGCUGACUAGCCUCCAUGAGUUCUGUAUAGGAGAGACCAGCCUGCGAAGAGUAGAAGAUGACAUCCCUACAAUGAUGCAGUGUAUAACACAGGCUGCAGUACACUACCAUAGGGGUCUCUCCUCACUCAGGGCUGCAGGAACCCCUACCCAUCCCUUACACUUCCAGUGUGACUUCAUAAAGCUGAGAGUUCAGCAGUUAGAGGCCUGUGCUCACUUGCUGAAAGCCUGCUGCAGCUUUCGCACCAACCCACCCCCGGCCAUUGCUGUCAACAUUGCCAUGACAACGGGGCAGGAGAUACAGAGAUGUGGCAGAGUGGUAGGACAGCUUCAGCAGUGUGCCAGUGAAUUUGAGAAUCUCCAUACAUCUUAUGGUCACCUGAGUCAGGCAUCAUUUGAUGCAGAUCCUGUGUCACUUGGCAGUUUGCAACUAUUACAGCACUGCUGUCUCAUUGUUUCACAGGCAUUGAGAGUUAUUCUUCAAAGUAAAAACAGCCGUGGCUAUCUGAGUGAUAGUCUGUCCUGGUUGAGCCAGAAAGUUCCCACACAUAGCUGGCAACUGUAUGAAGCCUGCCAGGACAUCUUACAAGACUUACAGAAAACUUUGGAAGGGACAGUAUCUGAACUGCCUAUUGCCUAUCAGCAUAUGGACUUCUUAGAGAGGACAGUGCUAUCCUUGAUUCAAGUUCCAUUGUGUUUUCCAAGAUAUUUUUACCAAAGUCUUCAGGCAACUUCUAUCAAGCUGGCUAUUUCACCCCAGCCAAGGAGUGUCACGGAGCCUGUCAGUAUCACCCACGACACACAUCUCACACUGAAGAUAGAGGGGGUCAUACAGCAUGGCAAGCACCCUGGUUUGUUCCGCAAGAUUCACAGUAUACAGCUGGAUGUCCACUCUGUAAUGCAGACCAGGGGGCAAGCACUGGGGGACAUGAAGCUAUCAGAAAAUCCUUCCAAUUCUAUGACCCAAGUAACAGAGCCACACAACGACUACUUCAGUGCCCACUUCCUGCUCACUUUCCCUGUCCCAGGUAUACAUACCAUAUGUAUAGAAGCAGCAGUCAUAGAUGAGCAAGGUAACACAUGGAAAACUGGACCUAGGUCCAACUUGGUUGUCGAGUCGUAUGAUGAAGCUUACAGGAUACAGCAGCAGUAUGUACGCGCACAACAGAGGAAUAUUGCCCAUAGUAGCAGUACCAGUAGCUUCGUGGCUCAGCUCUCCCAAACUUCUAGUUAACAAGAAUCCGAUGUGAUACUAAGAACUUUUGAUUAAGUUUGAGAGUAUGUAGUCAUACUGAGCACAGGACAUUUGGAUAAAUUUCAGACUUUGUUUUGGACAUCCAUUGCAAGAAAUAGCACUUGGGUUACAUCAGCCUAACAAGACCAACAAAUUGAAAUAAAUUAUGCUUGAAAGUGAUCAAGGCAACCAAGCAGCAAAUUUCACUUUUUCAGUUACAAACUAGUAGUUUUGAAAAUGAAGCCUUUAUUCCUAGAAAUCCAUGCUAUUUUGAUCAUGUAAUAUGUUAAGAUUUACAAGCUUGUUUAAAAUCCACAUGGACAUUAUCAAAGAUUGUAUUUUUUACAGUGAAUGUCAGAUUAAUAAAGACCACAAACUGUAUGACUUUUCUUCCCUGCAAUACUUUCCAAUAAAUAUGAGCGCAAUUUUCAAUAGCUACAAACUUGUACAUUUUCAGGUCUACUCUGCUUCUACUACUUAUUUCACACAAAAAAAAUGAUGUAUUCCUACAAAUCCUGCGUUCUAGGUACUGUUUACAUGCACUUUGGUGAAAAAAAGUAAUACACAAAUACAUUUGUUCUUGUAUGAGUUAUAUAGCCCACACUUAGUGCAGACCAGAGAAACGUAUCAGUUUCUUACACAAAUAAUCUUUUAGUCAAGAAUAACUAUAGGUUCCUGUUGUUCUUUGGUG